AGCAAGUUGUCAUUGAGAAACAUGGAGGAACCGAGAGUGGGCAACGGAGGUGAGCAGCAUCGAUUAAGAGCCUUUUGGUGUGGCCGAAGACGAACCGUUUAGAGGAUUCACGAUGUAGGUGCGAUCUAAAAAGGGGCAUCCGCGAAACACACACGGCGUCAUACUCAAUCAUGGAGUUAUGAAGCACCGACAGAAACUAUUCGUCUAUAACUACCCACAAACCCAACUUAAUUAGAUUGCAUGGCUAAUCGUCGUCGUCAUCACAGCUCCUCUGCUUUUCAGCUACCGGUACCCCAAGAUGACGACAACCCACCACCAACCCCUGGCGGCAGUUCCUCCAGCCGCGACCCUGAUUACUAUGGAAUCCGAUGCAGAGCUGGGAAAUGGGUUUCUGAAAUCCGUGAACCAAACAAAUCAAGUCGUAUAUGGCUAGGCACAUAUCCGACACCGGAGAUGGCGGCGGCGGCUUAUGAUGUGGCGGCACUGGCACUCAAAGGCGAGUAUGCAAUCUUAAACUUUCCCGACUCUACUCUCUCUACUACGUUUCCUGAGUUCCCCACGGCUGAUGACAUCCGUGCCGCAGCAGCAAGGGCGGCUGCAGCUCGAGCACCAACUAAAGAAAGUGGUGGUGGCAGCUCGACUGAGAUCGGAACAACCCUUUCUUAAUAGGUUCUUACUUCUUAAGAACCAGAUAUCAAUAGAAGACGUAAUGUCUUUUCCGUUCACGUUUCUGCCUAUUAAUUUUCACUGUAGCAUUUUGUCUAUCAUUAUGUGAAUAAAGUGAAAAAUAUUUAUGUA